GAAUAAAUAUUGGCUACACGUUCCAAGCAAGGAAAUUUUCAACAGAAAUCCUCUGUCACUCACUAGCUCCAGAAAUGGGAAUUCUAGCUUUAUUUUCUUCUCCGAAACCAAUCUUUCUGCAUAAAUCCAGACAAACCCACCUGUCAUCCCCCAAAUUCCACGCAUUUGCACCCAAGGAAACAAUUGCAAGACCCAAUUUUUUUUCCACUUUUCAGAACUCAAGAACCAUAGCCGUUUUAUUUGGAGCUGCUGGGAUUGCCUUAACCACUCUCGUGGAACCCGCAGCUGCUGCAGAGGCACCGUUGUUUAAUGAGCCUGCGAAUGCUCUCUCUUUACCCACAUGGGCUAUUCAUGUUUCUAGUGUCGUUGAAUGGAUUACUGCAAUGGCCUUGGUUUGGCAAUAUGGGGAGAAAUCUGGGUUUGAAUCUUGGAAGGGUCUCUCUUGGGGCAUGGUACCCUUGCUAGGUGGAGCAUUUUGUGCUUGUACAUGGCAUUUCUUUUACAAUUCAGAGGCCCUUGAGGUCUUGGUGGCUAUUCAAGCAGCUUUGACUGUAAUUGGUAAUGCAACAAUGUGCAUUGCUGCAUUUCGUAUCUACACAAUUUCACAAGAACGCUCCAAAAACUUGUGAUCGCAGUAAUCUGCAUUUGUGGAUUCAGUUGACCUUCGAAGCUUUGUCCCAGUGGAAUAAGUGAAUGCGUCUGAAAUGUUGUCCAAAAUCUUGUUAUACUAGUUAUUAUACUGUGGAGGCACAAUGAGAUUUCCGUUCAAAGAGAACAAUAAUCGAAGUUGUUUUCUCCUUUUGAAAUUUGGUUGAAAAAUUCUCGACAGCCAAGUGCCAGAAAAGUUUAAGCUGUACCUACACGCUAAAAAAUUCUACCUCUAUGAUGGCCGGUGAGUGAGUCUAUCAAGUGGUUAGACUAAGGCUCUCUAGUUACUAUAUUCUAUUAAGUUUUUGAACACUUUUAAUUAUUCAUUGGAUCACAACUUAUUAAGACGUCGUUACUUGUAUUCUUGAUUAUUGCGUCUUAAUUAGACUUUAUGACUUGUAUUCUUAAUUAUUACAUGUUUGAACAGACAAUAUGCUGUGUUAUAGUGGGUAUGUUUAGUCCUCUCUGCA